AUGUCAGUGGCAUUCAACGACGUCGACCUGCGACAGCAAAGAGGGGCAGGAGCGAGUUGUCUGCACCACGGCUUCUGUGCUCAUUCCUUGCCCCACUUGACCCUUUUUUCUUCUACUCUGCAUCGUUCCCCUCAGCCGGGGCGCACUGCAGCGACCGAGGCUGCAUGGUGCACACACACAUACGCACAGGCACAGAUUGCAGUGUGCACAACGAAAAACAAAAUACGCACACCACCUGUCGGGAUGGACUUGGACUUUUCGAAUCGCGGGCUUUUCGCGUUUGAUGCUGCGAAGGCACGGUCAGCGCUGGUGGAGGCCUCCUUGGCGGCACCGCGGACCGCUCUCUCAACGACCUCGACAGAUGGGGGUGACGCCGCUGGCGCAGCGCCGCCGUUGUCUGCGCUCCCCGCCAUCCGUCUAUUGAACCUAUCUUACAACUCCCUCCACCUCUUCACCGGUGGCGAGGCCUUGAAAGGGCUCACAGUGUUGGACCUGUCGCACAACGCGCUGACGCAGCUGCACAGUCAGAGCAUGCCACCCACGCUGGUGCGGCUCAGCAUCGCGCACAAUCAACUGGCACACCUGUGCGACUUGGCCGAGUACACGCCGCGGCUGCAAGUACUGGAGGCCGGGCACAACCAGCUGAGCACCUCUGCGCUGCGUGGCCUACCGGCAUCGCUGACGCAUCUCAGCGUGGAGAACAACACAAUUGAGUCGUUGACGCCGCUCGGCUCCUUGUUGCAUCUUACGCACCUGAACGUGGCACAGAAUCAACUGGAGAGCCGAGACACUCUCUGCGCCUUGCGGCCGCUUGUGUCGCUGCGCCACCUCGACGUCCGCGGCAACCCCAUGUACGAGACAGGUAGGCGUAGCAGCGAGGGCGAGGAUGAGGGUGUCACCCAGCUGCUACACGACGUACUGCCGCGUCUGUCGCACUUCAAUGGAGCUUCUCUCUCACAGGCACCAGAGAAUCGCAUGUGGAAGAAGGCGCACCGGAAGCAGCAGCAGCAGCAGCAACAAAGUACAAAAUUCAGUGCAGUGAAGUCUCGCGGCAUGUCACACGAUGCUCGCGGUGGCAGUGGAGCGCGGCAGCGAGGUGCACGCGAGGACGGCAGCGGCAGUGGCAGCAGCAGCUCCCUCUUAUCGUCCUCUCAAAGACAACAACAGAAGUUGCAGGAGCCGGCUUUGGAAGUCCGCCUCAUGCAGGCGAAAGUGAAUGAACUACGACGCCUGCUCCUAGCUUCUCAGGAUGCGGAGGGGAAGGCCCGUCAGAAGCGCGCACUGCUUAUAGAGAACGUGAAGAGUACAGCCAAGGUGAUUGCCCAGCAAGAGACAGAGCUGGAGAGACUUCAAAGUGAGGUGGAUAGCUUACGGAGCGUAAAUCAGAAGCUGCAGUCAUCGGUGGCCGCUGCGGAGCAGUCGUUCGAGCAUGUGCACGCGUCUCUUCUCGCGAGCAAGGCAAAGCUGUCUGCCGCUGGUGUGAAGUAG